AAUGGCGGCUUGCAGCAUGUGAAGAGGACAGAGCCGGCUCCGGCUUGUAAAGCCAAAGAGAACAUGUAUAAAACGCCAUGUAGCAAGCUCACAGUUCUGGUAAGCGCCGGCGUCUUCCAGCGACUUGCAGAAAAUGGAACCAGAGGUCACCUGUGCUCACGUAGCCUUUUCCAGUUUAGCGCUAGCUACCCGAGGGAGUGGAUCACGUUUCAGCACCUCAGCUUCCUGAAGCGGCAGUAUGUUAUUAAAAAUGGCGGCGGGCUCCGGCAGCGAGCGAGGCCCAAGCAGGAGCCCCUCUCUGCCGCGCUGGAGGACCACGACGAUUCGGUCGUGCGGCAGGUCCAGCAGGUCCCGGCCAUAAGGCCAGUCCCAGCGUUGCCGGGGGCGCCCACAGAGACCCCCGAGCGGGAGGGCGAGGCUCAAGCCAAGGAGCCCGAUGCAGCCCUCGAGGCACGGCUAGAGAGGCAGUGGAAGGAGCUGAAGGUGGACAUGGCCGACCUUCCAGGAGUGUACGCCCGGCUGUCAAAAAUCAAACUUACAGCGUUGGUUGUCACCACAGCAGCAGCUGGGUACGCCAUGGCUCCGGUGCCCUUUGACCCCGCCUGCUUCCUGUUGGCCUCCCUGGGAACGGGCCUCUCUUCCUGUGCUGCCAACUCCAUCAACCAGUACUUUGAGGUGCCAUUCGACUCCAAUAUGAACCGAACCAAGAACAGGCCGCUUGUGAGGGGACAGAUCAGCCCCCUCCACGCAGUGGCGUUUGCAGCGGCCUGUGGGGUGCCGGGGGUGUCCUUGCUGGCCCUGGCGGUGAACCCCCUGACGGGCUUCCUGGGGGCGCUCAACAUCUUCCUGUACACCUGCUGCUACACGCCCCUGAAGAGGCUGAGCAUCACCAACACCUGGGUGGGGGCCGUGGUGGGAGCCAUCCCCCCUAUCAUGGGCUGGACCGCGGCCACCGGCGCGCUCGACCCAGGGGCGCUGUUGCUGGGCGCGUUUCUGUACAGUUGGCAGUUCCCCCACUUCAACGCUCUGAGCUGGAACCUGCGGGAGGACUACUCCCGCGGCGGCUACCGCAUGAUGUCCGUCACGCACCCGGCGCUGUGCAAGCGGGUGGCCCUGCGCCACAGCCUGGGCCUGAUCGGGCUCUCCUGCCUGGGGCCGGCGCUGGACCUCACCACCUGGACCUUCCCGCUGGUCUCCCUGCCAAUCAACCUCUACAUCAGCUACCUGGCCUUCCGCUUCCACCGCCACGCCAGCCGCGACAGCGCCCGCAAGCUCUUCUUCUGCAGCCUGUGGCACCUGCCCAUGCUGCUGCUGCUGCUGCUCACCUGCAAGAGGUCCAGGAAGGACCCCGAGGGCCCCGCCCUGGCCCCGCCCAUGUCCCCGCCCCUGGUCCCACCCGUGUCCCCGCCCACCCCGCACAGCUAGCAUCCA